GGGUUCAAAGCCACGCAGAAACAAUAGAAGAAGUGUCCUCUCCCUAUUAACUCUCUCUCUCUCUCUCUCAAAAUAAGCCAAUAAAGCCACCCACCAACUUUGUCUCUCUUCCCUCUUCUUCAAAAUCUCUCCUUUCAUUUCAUUCACAUUCCCACCACAAAAAACACAUCAAUAUAACAUAACAUGCCUUAUAAACCUUCACCACCGUCAAACCACCGCACUUUCUCUUUCCUCCUCCUUCUCUUCCUCCUCUUCUCCGCCGCCAAUGCCGCCGGCGAUAAAAAACGACAGCGCUUCAAAGAAGCCCCCAAGUUCUACAACUCCCCAAACUGCCCCACCCUCCCACCAAACGACGACAUCUCAAACUCCACGUGCUCAAACGACAGCGACGCCGACAACAACGACGAUGAUGUCUCCGUCGUCCACGUGGCGAUGACCCUCGACGCCGCCUACCUCCGCGGCUCAAUGGCGGCGAUCCUCUCCGUCCUCCAGCACUCCUCCUGCCCGGAGAACAUCCGCUUCCACUUCGUCGCCUCCUCCGCCGCCGACCGUGACUCCCUCCGGUCAACCCUCUCCGGUUCGUUCCCUUACCUGAAAUUCCAAAUCUACCCCUUCGACGCUGCCGCUGUGGCCGGCCUAAUCUCCACAUCCAUACGCGCCGCCCUCGACUGCCCCCUCAACUACGCGCGCAACUACCUCGCGGACACCCUCCCCGCCUGCGUACGACGCGUCGUUUAUCUCGACUCCGACCUCGUACUUGUCGACGACAUUGCCAAGCUGGCGGCAACGCCCCUCCCAAACGGCGCCGUUUUGGCCGCGCCAGAGUACUGCAACGCAAACUUCACGUCCUACUUCACGCCCACCUUCUGGUCCAACCCCUCGCUAUCUCUCACCUUCGCGGGCCGCCGCGCGUGCUACUUCAACACCGGGGUGAUGGUCAUGGACCUGGCGCGUUGGCGCGUGGGCGCGUACACCGAGAAGAUCGUGGAUUGGAUGGAGCUACAGAAGAGGAUCCGGAUCUACGAGCUCGGGUCGUUGCCUCCGUUUUUAUUGGUGUUCGCAGGGAAUAUUGCCCCGGUGGACCACCGUUGGAACCAGCACGGCCUCGGAGGGGAUAAUUUCCGUGGGCUUUGUCGGGAUCUGCAUCCAGGCCCAGUAAGCCUGCUUCACUGGAGUGGAAAGGGGAAACCGUGGGCCAGGCUCGACGCUAACCGGCCCUGUCCGUUGGACGCGCUCUGGGCACCCUACGAUUUGUUACAGACGUUGUUCGUGCUUGAGUCUUAAAAAAGGAGAGUAAUUAAUUAAUUUGUCGGUAAAUUUCAAUUUUUUUUUUAAUUUUGAUGAGAAGUUUUGAGGCUUUUUUUUUUUUUUUUUUGGUGGGUGGGGGAUGGCGUAUGUGUAUACAAAUUCGAUGCUUACAAAAAAAAAAAAAAAAAAAAGCUCAUAAAUUAGCGUCCUCGAUUGAGAUGAGAUGACUUGAAAAGGAGAAAAAAAAAAUGAAAAAAAAAGUCAUGAGGUCGUUUUGUACAUUAUACAGCCAUUAAUUAACAGACCUUAUAAUUACAAUAA